UCUUUGUGAGCGGUACCUCGUCUAGACUCGCAGUCUUCUGGACCACUGAACUGCCACGCUGUGGCACGCUGUUGUCGGAGUUUUCUCGGUGUAUUCUGCUGUAUUAGUGAGAGGGAAGAAGGCCGCCGGUCCUGAGCCGCCGCGACACAAGACACGAGCAAGCGUACGUAGUUCCGCCGCGUUUGCCCUUGACCAUUCACGUGCCCAAGGCGAUGAGCUCUAUGGCGGCGGAGACGAGCAGCAGCACGCACACGGGCGCGGACCUGCUGGAAUGCUCAAGGUACGGUGAGCUGGAAGAUGUGAAGGCCAUACUCUCGAGCGGGGUCGACGCGAACCACCAGGACGCCCACGGGAACACGGCGCUGCACUUGUCCUGCGCUAACGGACACGCGGGCGUCAUCAGGGCGCUCAUCAAGGCGGGCGCAAGCCACCUGCCCAACGGAGCCGGCAACAGACCGCUGCAGUGGGCCGUGCAGAAUAAGCACGACGUGUGCGUCAAACUUCUCAUGGAACUGUACCCGGAGUCCUCCCAGAUGAACGUCCUCGACACAAACGGCUUCGGCAAGAGCGCGCUAUCAGACGCUUUCAAGACCGGCGACGCGGAGAUGGUGAAGAUGGUGCUCAACCACAAGUCCGCGGAGGAGGACAUCCUCCUGCAGCAGUCCAGCCUGUCCAAGGACAAGAAAAAAACGAACAAGGAAGGGAUGUCUUCGAAGCCGGUCAACAGCAAGAAGGGCGACGCCGGACACGAAGAAGACAAUGGCGGCAACGGCGAUGGUCCGAGCAUUACCCACGAGCUGGGGUUUGGCAUCGGCGGGGGGGAAGCAGUGACGUCGUCAUCAGGCUCAGCAGGAGGCGACAACGACGACGACGACGACGACGACGAAGAGACGCGGAGGAGGAGGAGAGGGGUGCGCUUCCUCUUGCGCGAGCUCCCGAUCCGGAACCCGGACGAGUGCUUCGGGGACGACGCGAGGGAGGACACGACGGGCCUCAACCUGUGGGCCGCUGCCGUCGUGCUGGCCCGGUGGGUCGCGAGCCCGGCGAUCGUCUCGCGGCUCGAGGGGAAGACGGUACUGGAACUGGGAGCCGGCUGCGGCGCCGGGGGAAUUUCGGCGGCUGUGCACGGGAGCCCAGCUUCAAUGCUGAUCACGGACCUCAACGCCGAAACGAUGGCGAACCUGGACCACAACAUCGAGCUUAACCGCCAUCGGUAUCCUGCGGAAACGGAGGUUCGCGCGGUGAAGCUUGACUGGGGGGACGAGUCCACGUGGGAAGAGGCCAAGCCCCCUGUGGACGUGAUCCUCGCGGCCGACGUAGUGUACCAGGCCAGCGAGACGUCGCCGCUGCUGCACGCGAUACUCUCCCUCCUUGAACCCGGAGGCUCGUUCUUCCACGUGGCUCCCGUGAGCGAGAGGGACGGCCUGGAAGGCUUUCUCGCGCGUCUCUGCGGCACCGCGGGUAGGGAGGGGGCUGCCGCGGGCGGCGGCGGAGACAGCGACUUUGAGCUGGUUUCCGUCACAGACGCGCCCCCCGAGUUCUGUCAGAACCCCUUGCUCUCAGGGUCUCAGGACGAGUACAUGGUGCAUUUCAAUGAGUUGCCGUCGAGCACGUUCCGUCUCCACGAAUUCCGGAAGCGCGCGUGAGCAUGGUGACCUGUAUGUCGCCGGCGCAGGAAGAACUAGCCCGUCGCGCGAGCGCGUGGAAUUGAACGAACGCCCAUGCGACUCCCGUUUCCCGGUGGGGGAGUGGCCUUCUUGUUGUGUAGGAAUGGGGCUGUCUGACUUCGUAUUGCGGUUUUCAUCGGGUGUUCUUUGUUGCUCGACUUGAUGAGUAGGAAUGAGUGGGAUAACGUCGGGUGAGUACCGCAGAAGCGCCACUAUCUUUCGUGUAGGAUCUUUUUCCGGGGAUUAGGGUGCUUCGGGCGGACUUUGGGUGUGUUUCUGCACUUUGUUUAGCCUUCGAAACAAUGUAAGAAACUUUGGACCAUCUAGUCGGGUACGUUCGUGCCUAUUACUAUCUUCAUCUUCGCGUUCGUGACUGCAUCGCCACCAAAAAUUGCAGUUUGUGUUUUGCCAUUACAUUACGUUUUUUUGCUCUGUGGAGGUGUCACAUGGUAUCCUCUGGCAUGGGCUCGAGAACGUUGUUGCCGAAGUGUCCGACUGGGGUUCAAUCGGCCCUACAGUGUAUUGUGUAUUCCGUUUGCGUAGCCUGAAGUGUUGUGCCAAUGAGUCGAUGGCCAUCCCGUCUGUGCCCUCACCAUGUAGACUACUGCUGCAAGGGAGACAUAAAGUAAAGACCGAACAGAGCACGGUCUG